AUGUCGUCGAUCGCGAUCCGCACCUCGUUACCGUCUCUUUACCUCGUCGUCAUCCAACCCAAACACUCCUUUCACAGAGGUUUCUCUCUUCUGUCCUCGACUGCUACCUCCGCCCCGUACGCUCGCUCUCGCUCUGGUUUCCCGUCUCCGAUCUUGAAGCGCUCCAAAUCGGUCAUGACGACUCGCCAGAGCCCGACGGCGAUCACCCCACUUUCGCAAUCGAGCGACACCUUGCUGCUGUUGGAGACCUUGGCCUUCUCUGCCCGCGCUCACGAGAAGCAAAAGAGGAAGAACAAGCAGGUCAGUGAAUCAGAAUGACCGCGUCGGUCAAAGGGACUCUAGGGGAAUCUUUCCCGGUCACGCGACACCGAAUCAUGAUGGCGCUGUGGGGGCGAAUCUCACACGAGAGUCGGACCGUCAUCCGAGCUCGUCGUGUCUCCGAUGUGUUCUCUGUACCACGACAAAAAGCCACUCACAAAGAGUAUGAUCUAACCCGACGUUCCCCCCAGGGCACUCCCUACAUCCAACAUCCACUCGACGUCGCACGAAGGAUCGCCGCUCCCCCCUCCUCUCUCGCCCCUUCCCCCGAUGUCAAAAUCCUCCAAGCCGCGAUCCUCCACGACACGAUCGAGGACACCGAUGUCACCCCCGAAGAUCUCGAACGACAUUUCGGUAGAGAGGUGAUGGAAAUCGGUAAGGCAGAGCCGGAAUUCGAGCCGUUGUGAAAGAUUUUCUUUUCUGAGCAACUGGCCUUCUCGCUCCGGGGCUCCUUAUGCCAUACAGUGAUGGAAUGUACGGACGACGGUACACUCUCCAAGGCCGAGAGGAAGCAAACGCAGAUCGAUCGCGCACCGUCAAGAUCGUUCCGAGCUAGUUCGUGAUUCACCGAAAAUGCGCUUACGGGAGGGACGAGUCGAGGUGCUGAUUCCCGAAUUGACCAUGGUCAUGCGACGCGAUAGAACAAGUCAAAUUGGCCGACAAAUGGUCCAAUCUAACUGAUUUGACCAUCGAUGUACCGGUCGGGUGGACGGCGCAGAGAGUACAGGUGCGAACAAAGCUCUCUUCCUCUCUGUGGCCGAGUGGUCGCUUACGCAUGGAGCCUGAUUCCUUUUCUCUCCCCCUCCGGCCCAUAGGAAUACUUCGUCUGGGGCAAGAAGGUCCGCUAACAACUUAGUUCCAGCCCACACGAUCCCGAACUCUGCGCAGCAUCACUGACCAAAAUCUUGCACUUCUCAGGUCGUCGACGGUUGCAAAGGUGCCAACCCGGGGAUGGAAGCCGAGCUGGACGAGCUGUUCAAGUCGGGCACGUUCAAGCACGAGGGCAGGGAGUACAAGUGCCAUCCGACCUAUCGUGGGUGA